AUGAUUUCUAAGGCAGUCGCGCUUUGUCUCCUCGCCGGCAGCGCUCUCGCCGUCCCGCUCGAGGCCAACGUCGUGAAGCGAAGCUGCCCAAACAUCCAUGUCUUUGGUGCACGCGAAACCACCGCAUCCCCCGGCUACGGCUCAUCAGACACGGUCGUCAAUGACGUCCUCAAUGCCUAUCCGGGCUCUACCUCUGAAGCAAUUAGCUACCCGGCAUGUGGCGGGCAAUCCUCGUGUGGUGGUGCCAGCUACUCCAGUUCAGUGGCUCAGGGCAUCGCAGCCGUUGCCUCGGCUGUGAACUCCUUCAAUUCGCAGUGUCCAGACACACAGCUCGUUCUAGUUGGAUACUCGCAGGGAGGCGAGAUCAUGGAUGCUGCCUUGUGUGGCGGCGGUGACCCCAAUCAAGGCUACACCAACACAGCGGUCCAGCUGUCCUCGGCCGCAGUGAAUAUGGUGAAGGCGGCCAUCUUCAUGGGUGAUCCUCUUUUCAGAGCUGGCUUGUCAUAUGAAGUUGGAACUUGUGCUGCUGGCGGCGUAAGAACUUCCUUCCUCUCCUCGUCCGAAGUUAGAUUCCUGACAAUAGAGAUGCAGUUCGAUGAACGCCCUGCCGGUUUUAGCUGCCCGUCGGCCAGCAAGAUCCAGUCGUACUGUGAUGCCUCGGAUCCGUAUUGCUGCAACGGCAGUAACGCCGCAACUCACCAGGGCUAUGGAGCCGAGUACGGUGCACAGGCAUUGGCCUUCAUCAAGACCAAGCUUUCCUCCGGAAGUGGGUCCCCUACUACCACCACUACCACUACCACUACCUCUGGGUCUGGGAGCACUUCUACCGGCACUGUCGCUGAAUGGGGACAAUGUGGUGGACUGGGCUGGACUGGAGGAACAGUGUGUGUGAGCCCGUACACGUGCAAAGCGGCUAAUGCGUACUAUUCGCAGUGUCUUUAA